AUGUCUAAACGUCCUCGAGGUCACUCGACAUCCUCGUCUCCUUCAAAAGAGUCGAUCUCUUCAUCUCCAACCGAGGGAAGCACUGCUGAUAUCUCAACUGAGCGCACGAAGCACGUGGUCACAAACACCAAGGACCUUCCUGAAGUGAUGCAUUGCUCCUUACCGCCUCACCGCGAGACUCUCUCAUUCACUUCCUACGAAAAUUACGAGGUUCAUUACCUUCAGAAUCAUGUGAAUCGUUGUUCUGAAUGCAGCAAGAACUUCCCAGGAAGCCAUCUACUCAAUAUACACAUUGAGGAAAACCAUGACCCGCUGAUUGCUGCUCGGCGAGCCCGUGGAGAGAAAACCUUUGGGUGCUUCAUUGAGGACUGUGAGCGGAAAUGCUCAACCCCUCAGAAACGUCGUAUGCAUUUAAUUGACAAGCACAUGUUCCCAAGGAACUACAAUUUUUUCAUCGUGAACGAUGGGAUCGACAAGCAAACCUCUAUGUUACGACCUAUGAACAGUCACAGACGGCGCGUCUCAAUGUCAUCUGCCCUGGAGGGCAGACUGCGUCGCCGGAGCUCAGCUUCUCAGUCGAACCCACCAACAGCCGUAUUGACUGAAGAGAAGACAUCUGGUGAAAUGGAUAUUGACGAGCUAGAAAAAUCCAUGUCGGCUCUAAAAUUCGUGCCCACCAGCGUCGUGAGAAACCGUGGCAACGUGUCUAGCCGUUAG